CAGUACGAGGUACUGCGAGCCCAAGUGGAAGGCCGAGCUUCCGGCCGCAAGAGGAAGCGAGUGGAAGGGGACGAUGAGGAAGAGGUUUCAAUUCCGGACGGCAUGGGGGAUAGAAUCAGGGAUAUCAGGGAGAGGUUCGAUGAGAUCUCGCAGGAUCGGGAACGCCUCCGUUUAAGAGAGCAAGAUGGAGAGCGACGGGUCCUCGAAGCUCCGUACCCAGCACCAACCAACCACAUGGUGGAUGAGUCGAGUAUUUAUGGAAGGGAACACGACAAGCAGGAGGUAAUUGAUUUGCUGUUUUCCGAGGGUGUGGGAAAUGGUGUCUCCGUCAUUCCGAUUGUCGGCAAAGGGGGACUAGGAAAAACCACGAUCGCCCAACUGGUCUACAACGACCCCAAAGUAGAACAAUAUUUCAAUCUAACUGGAUGGGUUUGUGUAUCCGAUGAUUUUGAUGUUCCAAGGCUAACAAAGGCCAUCAUUGAGUCUCUUCCUGGAAGUUCAUGUGAUUCUACACAACUAAGCAAACUUCAAGAUACUCUCAAGGAAAAGCUGAAGGGGAAGAGAGUGUUGCUGGUGCUCGACGACGUCUGGAAUGAACAGCAAAGCCGUUGGGAGAGCUUAAGAAACCCCUUCGUUGGUGCAGAAACGGUGACAAUUAUCAUGACCUGUAGGAAUGAUUCGGUCGCCGAGAUCAUGCAGACAGUGCGUCCUUAUCAUCCUCUCUGCUUGUCUGCAGAGCAGUCUUGGGCAUUAUUCAGGCAUUAUGCAUUUGGUGGUCGAGACCCUGUACAACAACCAAGCUUGGUGGAUAUGGAUAAGCAGAUUGUCGAGAAGUGUUCCGGUUUACCAUUGGUGGUGAAGUCAAUAGGAAGUCUUCUGAGAUACACGGCAGAUGAAGAUAGCUGGAUGGAUGUCAUACAAAGUGAUAUAUGGGAAGUCGACGAGAAGAAUGAGAUUUUGCCAGCUCUUAGAUUAAGCUAUAGCCGCAUGCCAGCCCGUCUUAAACCUUGUUUCGUUUAUUGUUCCAUGUUUCCCAAGGAUUAUCUAUUUGAGAAAGAUGAAUUAGUCCGAUUGUGGAUGGUGCAAGGUUACAUCCAAACAUGUGGAAGUAGAAGUAUAGAAGACAUUGGCGAUGAAUAUUUCAUUGACUUGCAAAGAAGAUCGUUCUUUGAUUCCUAUCAGUUUAAUUUUUUUAAGAUGCAUGAUAUGAUACAUGAUCUAGCAAAAUCUAUUGCAGAGAAUGAGUUCUGGGCAAUUAUGGGUAAGAAGCUACCCAGUCACGAUGAGGUUCGCCAUUUAUACGUGACAGAUGAAAAGAAAUUUUGGAAAUCACCGCGCUUGCAUAAUUUUAGCGCUUUACGAACCUUGUUAAUAAUGCCUUGGUUUGGAUUUCUAACAACAAUCUCAGAAAUAAUUAAGAAUCUACCGCUACUAAGAUGUUUACGGGCUCUACAAUUUUGUUGGGAAAUGGAAGAUGAGAUUCUAGAUUUACUCGGUAACCUCAAGCACCUGCGCUACUUACGUAUCACAUCCAACAAAAUUGAGAAGCUCCCUAAAUCAAUAUGCCUCCUUUAUCACCUACAGAUAUUGGCACUUAAUUGCCGGAAUCUUGCAGAGUUACCAGAUAGCCUAGGUAACCUUACCAGCCUACGAUACUUUGAACUAAGCAUGACUCGUAUUAGAAGGCUGCCUGGAACAGUUUGUCAGCUCCGCAACCUCAGAUGUUGGUUCUUAAGGGGUACAAGGGUCUUGAGGAGUUACUCAAUGGCAUAG